AUGAAGCACGCAAGCCUGAUACUACUUUUCAUAGCUUCAUUGGCCUGGACUAUGGAAACUUCAAGUUGCUCAAAAUUAGUUUGUGGCAGUGCUGGAAGUUCUACUUCAGGAGCUUGUGUAACUGUGACUGAUAAAACUGUCACUCUUAACCCUUGCCCAAGUGCCUCAUCAUGCGGCGGUAAUAGUCAAUUUUAUGGAGCAGCUAAUCACACUUCUGCAGAUUGUAGCCCUGAUUCUUCACCAAGCUCAAGUGAAACUACAUGCCCAGAUUCCUCUAAAGCAGGUAUGCGCUGUUAAAUUGGAUUCUUAUUUUUCUGAGAAUUCAGUUAUUAUUAAACUAUUAAUAUUCAGACAUCAUAAUUUAUUCAAUCUAGUGCAGUAUACCCUAAAUACUUAUGAAUACUGCUGCCAAAAUUCAGAUUGCUACAGCAAAAAUUGUGACUCCUCCAAGCAUUGUGUAGGAGUUCCUUCACGUCAAACCUGCUCAUCAGAUUCUCAAUGUGAGCCCAAUUAUUUUUGUUCCAGCAGUGAAUGCAUAAAAUGUUAUAGCGAAGGCGACUCAUGCACUGGAGAUGUCCAGUGCAAGCUUGGAUAUGGCUGCAAUUACAAUGAAUGUACAAGAUAUUGGUCCUUAGAUAACGGCUCAUCAACACAAAGUGCAGUUUUUUGCAAAUCAAACUUCAUGUAUAAAAACUAUUGUGACAGCGCUGAUAUUUAUGUACAAUCAGACAAGCUUUCAGAUCCAUGAAAAUGCACAGUCGGGGAUACCUGCACUUACAAAUAUAAUUUUAAUGGAGCGACUAUAGGAACACAAAGCUGCUUAUGUGAUGGUAAAGGAAGCACAACAGGAUAUUGCCCAAUUUCAAAUAGUUUUAAUUUGAAAGGAUUCGAUGAUAAGUUUUACCCGAGAUUUGCAUACACAAAUGGAGACUGUGCUGGCAGCUAUGGAAGAAAAACGGAUUUAGCAAAUGAUUUAAGUAGACUUGUUUAUUGCAAUUCUAUUGAUCAGGAUGGAUAUAAUUAUUAUAGCAGCAUGGUAUCAAUUAAGAAAGCUUGGCCACUUUAUAGCUCUGGAGAAAUUGAUAAAUGUGCGUUGGAUAUGAAAAUUUUUGAUCCGUCUUAUAGUAUGGGUUCAUGGAGUAGUGGCGAAAUGCUUCUAAUUUCUAGUUUAUUUAUGAUCUUUAACUAA